GAGAAGGCUGGAAUAUAAAGCUGAGCUGCUUGCUCUCUGUUGAAUCCAGAAACCUCCUUUCAGUUGACAGGACAAUAGCAGCAUUCCACGCAACAGGAGAGAUCAGUAUGAUGCCUUGCCUCUCCAUUCUCCUUCAAAGUGCUUUCUGUUUUGAUAAGUGAAAGCCAAGCCCUGAUUUACUGGAAUGCUGGCGAGUGAACACAGGAGCAUUCCUAAUGGACUGCUGUGGAAUUGCUGACCACCAUAUUGGAAAUGGUGUUUGCGGUUGUUGUGGAGCUCUGCGCCCAAGAUACAAGAGACUAGUGGACAAUAUCUUCCCUGAGGACUCUGAGGAUGGGCUAGUAAAAGCCAACAUGGAGAAGCUAACGUUCUAUGCCCUGUCUGCUCCAGAGAAGCUGGACCGAAUUGGUGCAUAUCUCGCAGAGAGACUGAGCAGGGAUGUUGCCAGGCACCGAUACGGGUAUGUGUGUAUUGCGAUGGAGGCUCUAGACCAGCUCCUGAUGGCCUGUCACUGCCAAAGUAUUAACUUGUUUGUGGAGAGUUUUCUCAAGAUGGUGGCCAAGCUUCUCGAGUCUGAUAAAGCAGCAUUGCAGAUCCUGGGAACAAAUUCGUUUAUAAAGUUUGCAAAUAUUGAAGAAGACACCCCGUCAUAUCACCGAAGCUAUGACUUCUUCGUGUGUCGGUUUAGUGAAAUGUGUCACUCAGGACAUGACGAUGUUACUGACAGGACCAAAAUCCGUAUGUCUGGUAUAAAGGGUCUGCAGGGAGUGGUGAGAAAAACAGUCAAUGAUGAACUGCAAGCCAACAUCUGGGAACCCCAGCACAUGGAUAAGAUCGUCCCCUCACUGCUCUUCAAUCUGCAGCAGGUGGAGGAUGCAGACAGUCGAUCUCCAUCCCCACUGCAAGCAACUGAGAAGGAGAAGGAGAGUCCUGCUGCUCUGGCAGAAGGUUGUCUCCGGGAGCUGCUGGGCAGAGCUGCCUAUGGAAAUAUCAAAAAUGCCAUCAAGCCAGUUUUAAUGCACUUAGAUUAUCAUUCACUGUGGGAGCCAAAGCUGUUUGCGGUGCACUGCUUCAAGAUCAUCAUGUAUUCUGUUCAGUCACAGCAUUCCCAUCUGGUCAUACAGCAGCUGGUGGGACAUCUGGAUGCCAACAGUAAGAGCGCCGCCAAAGUGCGCACUGGGAUUGUGGAGGUGCUGUCCGAGUCAGCAGUGAUUGCAGCUGGGGGGUCUGUAGGGCCCACAGUGCUGGAGGUGUUCAACACACUGCUACGACAUCUGCGCCUCAGCAUUGACUAUGAAGUCACGGGCAAGUAUGAUUCCACCACUAACAUCAGCAACCAGAUCAUCAAAGAACACGAGGAGCGAGUGUUUCAGGAGGCUGUGAUCAAGACCAUUGGUGCUUUUGCCAACACCUUGCCUGCCUAUCAAAGGUCUGAAGUCAUGCUGUUCAUCAUGGGAAAAGUUCCACUGCCUCUAAUUCACCAGGCCCUGGACAUGCAAAAACCAGGGCAUGAUGCAAAUCGAAUGAUUCAGCUGAUGCUGCUGAAAUCUCUCCUCCAGGUGACAAUUGGGUUCCAGAGCAAGAACUUGUUAGCAACCUUGCCCUCCUCCUUCCUGGAGUCUCUUCUGUCUGCCGCAUUAAUGGAGGAUGCAGAACUUCGACUCCUCGUUAUUGAGAUCCUCCUCAGUCUGAUUGACCGCCAGGAAAACAGGCACAAGUUCUCUCAUGUCAGUAUUAUUUCCGAUAUCUCUGUCCUGAUGCUGAAGGUGGACAAAUGCUCUCGGCAGGAUACACUUUUCAUGAAGAAGCACUCACAGACCUUGUACAGAUACAUCUACCUGAUCUGUAAACAGCAGAAUAACUCCCACAUCCACUACGAUGCCAUCUAUGCCAUGCUUGCUCUCAUCAGCGUGGAGCUUGCCAAUGAGGAGGUGGUGGUGGACCUGAUCCGUGUGGUACUGGCCCUCCAGGAGCUUUCCCUGAACAAUGAAGACAACCUACCCAUGUGGAGCCGCUGUGCGAUACAUGCCCUUGCCUCUGCCUACCUGAACUUCAUCAGCCAGCUCACCACACUGCCAGCCUUCUGUCAAAAUAUCCAGCAGGUGAUUGAGACCCGUCAAAAAGAAGCACUGUACUUAUUACCCGAGGGAGUCUUUGACUCUGAAAACAGCAUUCCCCAAUCCAUGGACAAAUUGGAGAAGGAGAUGUUGUUCUUGCAAAGUGAAAUCAGUGAGGUUCUUGCAGGAAGUGGUUACAGCUCUGACAGACUGGGAAUCCCCUACAUACCCCAGUUCACAGACGAAGACCGUUUAUCAAAGAGGAAGAGCAUUGGUGAGACCAUCUCUCUGCAGGUGGAAGUGGAAUCUCGCAAUAGUCCAGAAAAGGAAGAGAAGAUGCCAGCUGAGGAAAUCACAUAUGAAACCCUAAAGAAAGCAAUAGAUGGUGGAGCAGUGGAGGAACAGGAGAGAGAGAGGAGGCGGCUGGUGGUGGAAAAGUUUCAGAAGGCUCCAUUUGAAGAGAUAGCAGCCCACUGUGGAGCGAGGGCGACUAUUCUGCAGAGUAAACUGAAUCAAAUAUUUGAGAUAACUGUAAGGCCUCCUCCCAGCCCAUCAGGCACAAUCACUGCUGGUUAUGGCCAGGCACAGCCCCGUUCUGUGCCUGUGUACGAGAUGAAGUUCCCAGAUCUUUGUGUACACUAGCAGAGCAUGUCAUAGAGCAGCAGAUUGGAGAAAUUCUGGGCUGUCUUCUCACCCCAGAGAUUGGGGCAGCUGCAUCGGAACGUCACAUCAAGCAUCCCGCAGAACGCCAGCCAUCACCUAGCUGUUGUCUCCGUCGGUACGAACAUCGUGGCCCUCCUCCAUGUGGCUUGGUAGUGCUUUGUUACGAAGACGUGUGUGUCAGUGCACGGCCCAUGCUUACCUGUGAUCAUGGAUAGGCUUCACUAUAGCUUGGGGCUUCUUGUAGUAUGAGUGUAAACUCAGGCUGCAGAGCACUGUGGCAGGCAGGAGUGGAGGAACUGGUAUCUUCUACCCACACAAUCCAUGCCCACUGAAAAUCAUGACACCAACAGCCCUAGCAUCUGCCUCUCAGAUACCACAAUCUGAAUCCAGGCUGGCUCUGUGGGCCCACAACAGUUUUGGUUUGGUGGUUGAGGUAAGAAAAGUGAUGGGUGCAGUCUGUUUAACAUUCAGACUAACCUGUCAGCAAGCCUGGGAAUGUGUUUACCCUGUUGCCUUCUUCCUUGUUGAAGCUUUUGUUUCUCCUGAUGUUCUCUGGCCUCUCAAGAGUCAGUGCAGGAGGAAGUUCUGAAAUCACCCAGGCAAGGAGAGGUGGGGAGUAGGGUGGUGUGGCUGGGUCUAAGUCUCAGCUUUGGUGCAGAAUGUGUCGAAAAUGCUUUAAUUUAAAAUCAGUUUCCAUUGAUCAUGAAAUUAAUAAAACCUACAAAUACUAGAAAUCAGAAAUGAAACCAGAACACUCCAGAAAUACUCAUCAGGUCAGGCAGCAUCUGUGAAGGGAGCAUCAGUUAACAUUUCAGGUGGCAAACCUCUUAUCAGCCAUUCUGACAAAGUGUCUUCAAGCUGAAAGGUUAAAGUUUCACUCUCCACAGAUGCCUGACCUGAUGAGUGCUUCCAGAGUUUUGUGUUUUAUUUCAUUAGUUAUGUCUUCUCCGAAUUGUGCCAGUUCCUGUAAAGAAAGCUAACAAAAUGAUGAAAGUUCUGGAACUGCCUGACCCCUGCACUCAAUACCAGACACCUCUCGCAGGGAGCCCUGCUCUCAGCCCAUUGACAUCACUGAAUAUUAAAACAAGCAAUGUUUCAA